AUGGCCAUCAGCAGCUCCUCCGCCCAGUACAACUCAUCCUCUCCAUGGCACGCCGCGACGACAACGCUCCUACUGGCACUAGCCGCCGGCAGCCUCCUCCUCCUACCGGCGCUGGCGCGAGGGUCCUCCGAGGAGCAUGACCAGCAGCGUGAGGACGACCUGAUCCGGGGGCUGCCGGGGCUGCCCAACGACGACGUGCCGUUCGACAUGUACGGGGGAUACAUCACCGUCGACGAGCAGGCCGGCCGCGCGCUCUACUACUGGUUCCAAGAGGCCGACCGCACCGAGGUCGAGGACCCGGACGCCGCGCCGCUCCUCCUCUGGCUCAACGGCGGGCCUGGGUGCUCCUCCAUCGGCGGCGGCGCGCUCGAGGAGCUCGGCGCCUUCCGCGUCCACACAGACGGCGAGCGGCUGUUGCGCAACGAGUUCGCUUGGAACAGAGCCCAUGAUGCGUACACGUUCCUGGUGAAAUGGUUCGAGAGGUUCCCAAAGUACCGGUACCGCGAUUUCUACAUUGCUGGAGAGAGCUAUGGAGAAACUUUACCCAACUAUGCCAUUAUCAAAAGAAUCAAUAGGCCUUCGGUGGAGACUUCACGUUAUUCAGAUGAAGGUCUGUUUAUCUUUUCGAUAAUGCUGGGCGUCCGUCCAGGCAAGUUCCGUCUGGACGGCUUGUUCCCGGACCUGCCUAAUAAUCGGGCCCAACACGCCUACACCGCUCCACAUUCAAUAGAACCCCAUACUGGCCUAAGAAAAACUCAAUAUCUUUUACCAGUGGAGGAGCCAUUGAUGCUGCCGGCAUACGAUCCAUGCACCGCCUUCUACUCGACCAAGUACCUGAACCUCCCCCAAGUUCAGACGGCCAUGCAUGCCAACGUCAGCGGUAUCAUAGACUACCCAUGGGUUUUAUGCAGCGAUCCCUUGUAUUACAACUGGACAGACACACCCGCUUCCAUGCUACCCAUCUACAAGGAGCUCAUUGGAGCUGGCCUCAAGGUCUGGGUCUUCAGUGGUGACACAGACACUGCAGUGCCGCUGAGUGGGACCAGGCGCUCUCUUGCUGCCCUGGGCCUUCCUGUAAAAACUAGCUGGUACCCCUGGUAUAUAGUCUCAACCGAGGCAAAAAAUGCCAGCCUCAUACUCCUUCCUAGUGAGAAGUAA